UUUCUUCACUUCUCAUCUUAAAUUCCCAGUUAAUUAUACUUUGAAUCCUGUAAGCCCAGCCACCAUGGGGUUUUCACCACCGUGCCUCUCUCAAUCUCUCUCUUUCAUUCUGUUUCUCUUCCAUUUCCACUCAACAAUUUCAUCUCCACUCUCCUCAAAUUACCAAUCUCUUUCUCUCCUUCAAUUCAAACAAUCCUUCGCCAUUAAUAGUUCUGCUUCAUUGGAGUACUAUUGUCAAUAUCCUUUUCCAAAAACAGAGUCAUGGAAAGAGGGCACAGACUGCUGCUUGUGGGAUGGAGUCACUUGUGACCUGAAAACUGGGCAUGUCACUGGACUGGACCUCUCCUGCAGCAUGCUUUACGGCACCCUCCAUCCCAAUAAUUCUCUCUUCUCUCUCCAUCAUCUUCAACUGCUCGACCUCUCUUUCAAUUAUUUCAACUUCUCCCAUAUUUCUUCUCGAUUUGGCCAGUUCUCCAGUCUAACACAUCUUAACCUAAGUGGUUCACAUCUUGCGGGCCAAGUUCCAUUAGAAGUCUCUCACCUCUCUAAAUUGGUUUCACUUGAUCUCUCUAGCAACUACGGUCUAAGUCUAGAGCCAAUUUGUUUUGACAAGCUUGUUCGAAACCUAACCAAGCUUAGAGAACUCUAUCUGAGUUCGGUAAACAUGUCACUAGUUGUUCCUGAUUCCUUGAUGAAUCUGUCUUCUUCUCUGUCAUCACUCAAACUCAAGUACUGUAGAUUGCAAGGAAAAUUCCCAUCCUCAAUGGGAAGAUUUAAGCAACUCCGGUACUUGGAUCUUGGAUGGAACGGUCUUGCUGGUACAAUUCCAUAUGAUUUUGAUCAACUCACUGAGUUGGUUUCACUUGAUCUCUCUAGAAACUACGACGCAAGUCUCCAACCAUUUUUUUUUGACAAGCUUCUUCAAAACCUAACCAAGCUUAGAGAUCUCGCUUUAGAUUUUGUAGAUAUGUCUUUGGUUGCACCUAAUUCCUUGACGAAUCUGUCCUCUUCUUUGUCAUCUCUCUCCCUCGCUAACUGUGGAUUGCAGGGGAAAUUCCCGGGUAAGAUCUUUCUCCUGCCAAAUCUUAAAUCACUCUAUUUGUCAUCCAACAAAGAUCUCGCUGGCUCUUUUCCUUCGUCUAAUUUGAGUAAUGUCCUCUCUUUGUUGAGUCUUUCUGAUACAAAAAUUUUAGUUUAUUUAGAAAACAACUUCAUCAAUAAUCUAAAGUCAUUAAAAUAUAUAUCUCUUCGUAAUUGUAAUAUUAGAAUAUCAGAUCUAGCCCUACUUGGUAAUCUCACACAACUCAUUUAUUUAGAUCUCUCAAAUAAUAAUUUUACAGGUGAAAUCCCAUCAUCAAUCGGAAAUAAAACCCUUUCAAAUCUACAAUAUCUAUAUUUAUUUGAUAACUUAUUCAAUGGAACAAUACCAUCCUUUUUGUUUGCUCUUCCGUCUUUACAAUAUCUAGACCUUCAUAACAAUAAUCUCAUAGGCAAUAUAAGUGAAUUCCAACAAGAUUCAUUGGUAUACAUUGAUUUGAGCAAUAACGACUUGCAUGGUACAAUCCCAAGUUCAAUUUUCAAACAAGAGAACUUGGAAGCCCUCAUUCUUGUGUCCAAUAGUAAAUUGACAGGUGAGAUUUCUUCUUCUAUUUGCAAGCUGAGAUUCCUUGAGGUCCUGGACUUGUCCGACAACAGCUUGAAUGGUUCUGUACCAUUAUGUCUGGGGAACUUCAGCAGCAAGCUCUCAGUAUUGCAUCUAGGCAUGAACAAUCUUCAAGGCACUAUCCCUUCAACAUUUUCAAAGGGUAAUAGCUUGGAAUAUCUCGACCUCAAUGGAAAUGAAUUAGAAGGGGAAAUAUCACCGUCUAUCAUCAACUGCACAAUGUUGAAAGUUCUUGAUCUUGGCAACAAUAAAAUUGAGGAUACCUUUCCUUAUUUUCUAGAAACGCUUCCAGAGCUGCAAAUUCUAAUUCUCAAAUCCAAUAAACUCCAAGGUUUUGUGAAGGGUCCGACUGCAUAUAAUUCCUUCUUUAAAUUAUGGAUUUUUGACAUCUCUGACAAUAAUUUUAGUGGGCCAUUGCCAACAGGGUAUUUUAAUACUCUUGAAGCAAUGAUGACCUCAGAUCAAAGCAUGAUUUACCUUAACACGACAAAUCACAUUGUUUGUGUCCAUUCAAUAGAAAUGACAUGGAAAGGUGUAGAAAUUGAGUUUCAGAAGAUACAAAGUACCAUCAGAGUACUAGAUUGGUCAAAUAACAGUUUUACUGGAAGAAUUCCAAAGGUGAUCGGAAAGCUUAAAGCACUCCAACAACUCAACCUCUCUCAUAAUUUCCUUACAGGUCAUAUCCAAUCAUCAUUGGGAAAUUUGACCAAUUUGGAAUCAUUAGACCUAUCUUCAAAUUUGCUUACCGGAAGGAUUCCAAUGCAGAUGGCACAUCUAACAUUUCUUGCAAUCCUGAACCUUUCACAUAACCAGCUGGAGGGGCCCAUACCAAGUGGAGAGCAAUUCAACACCUUUAAUGCAAGCUCAUUUGAAGGAAACUUGGGUUUAUGUGGAUUUCAAGUUCUAAAAGAAUGCUACGGUGAUGAGGCACCAUCAUUGCCGCCAUCAAGCUUUGAUGAAGGAGAUGAUUCAACAUUGUUUGGAGAUGGAUUUGGAUGGAAAGCUGUGACAAUGGGGUAUGGAUGUGGGUUUGUGUUUGGAGUUGCAACGGGAUACAUCGUGUUUAGAACGAAAAAACCUUCGUGGUUCUUUAGGAUGGUUGAAGAUAUAUGGAAUCUCAAGAGCAAGAAAACAAAGAAGCAUGUUGGCAGAUGUGGUGCUGGAAGAAACUAGAUAAUGCAAUUGAUAUUUUCAAUACAAACAAGAUAUCAUGUUGAUUUCACACGUAAACAACAUCAAGGUUAAUUGGGUGGCAGAUUCAUAGUAUUGGAUUCCCUUUACUUUUUCUUUUUUUUCCAUCAAGGUUAAUUGGGUGUUACUUCUAUGAAAAAGAUUCCAUGUAUGCAAGCAAUAAUUUGUGUAAACUAUAAAAAACAUUUAUGUUUUAGGUCC